AUGGCCGUCUCUACUGCUGACGAUGACCUCUUCACCAGAGCCGUCUCUGGCUAUCGGGAAGCCUUUUGGGACCGCCAUCAACAUCUCUCGGAAGCGGAAAGAAAUCUUGCAUGGACACAACGACUCAGUCAGUUCAUCACAGCCGGCAGUUCGACUUCAAGCAUCCCAUCAAAAACAGGACCACCACCAGAUACUUCAGCAGACACUUUGGGAAAACGGACUCGACAAGGACCACGGACUGUAUCAGAAGUCUCCUUCUCUGCGAAGCGACGUGCAACCGCCCAGGUUGACAUUUGGCAGAGUGCGGAAUCAAGUGCCAGUCCGGUAAAGCGAGGCACAAUCGCAACUUCGAGCGUCCCUCAGUCAAUUAACACUAAGCUUGGAAUGGUUCGGUCCCAAAGCCAGCAAAUUCCAUCCCCUCCAAGACCGAUCCAGGAUACACGACGACAGUCGGCCGAAUCGGCCUUGUUCAGACAAAACAUGAGCAAUGUGAACGUACACGAAUACUCGCCAUCGGAAUACACGGCGCAGUGUUUGGAAGACGUUUCUGGUCAAGGUACCCCAAGUUUUGCUCUGCCCGUUUCUGACAGUAUCAAUCUGCAGUCGCAGCAGUUUCAACACACUCCACAACCUCAGUAUCUAGGGUUGACUCAGAUGACUGACCUGACGGUCCAAGCCGCUGAGAUGAGCCGUAGCACAACGACAGAUUCUAUUUCAGGAGGUCUGGACAUGUUCCGAUUCGAGUCCUCAGCGGGAGCGAAUCUGGAACAUGUCCCAGAUCUCGGUCUUUCUGUUUCUUCUGAUUUUCUCAACCUACAAUCCGCUGCGGAUGUAGGCUUUCCUAUCUCUCCAAUUGGUAACAUGGCUCAUGUUCCAAUUGGAUCGUCUGAUUCUUCUCUUUAUUUUUCUUCUUCUGCACCAAAUCCUGUAUCUUUUUCACAAUCUUCGCUGAUACCUUCAUCUGCAUCUCUGGAGAUGAAGGCUUCUUUUUCUGCCGAGAGCAAUGCCUCGGGUGUGUCUAUGACACCACAGUCCAAGACUGUUAUUCCUGAACAUGUUCAACAUGUUCAGAGACUUAUUGCACCCAAGGUGCCGUCUACUACUAAACACAGCGCUGUUGGCAAGUCGAAAGACCAACAUCGGAUGAUUCGCAUUUCAUCCGAAGAUGGGACUUCCAAAGAAGUUGCAGCCAUUCCCAAAGCACCCUUUCAACGGGCCCCUCGGCCCAAGACGUAUUGUCAUCUCUGUAGUGAUCAACCCGAGGGGUUCCAUGGCGAACAUGAAUUGCGGCGGCAUAUCGAGCGCGUACAUUCGGUUGUACGCAAAGUCUGGGUCUGCAUUGACAUUUCACCCGACAAGACAUUCCUCGCCAACUGCAAGGCGUGUCGUAACGGCAAGCGAUACGGAGCGAAUUACAAUGCAGCAGCUCAUCUCCGGCGAACACAUUUCAACCCUUGUCAGCGCGGUCGCGGCGGUCGUGGCAAGGAUAGCGAGAAGCGGGGUGGUAAAGGCGGCGGCAAUCUCCCUCCCAUGGAUGUACUAAAACAUUGGAUGGAACAGAGGGAAGAAGUCGUCCUUGAGAAUGCUUCUUAUCUUGAUGAGCCCGCCGAUCCUGCCGCACUUCCUGCAAAUAUCCCUGCUCCUAUCCCUGCUACCGUCCCUGUCACCACUGUCUCGAUGUCCUCCGCCACGAAAGCAGAAUACGCCGAACCGGACAUGUCGACGACGACGGCCGCCGAAUUUGAUACAGCGGUCUUUACAUGGGAUCCUUCAGCGGUUGCUAUGGGUAAUGAGUAUAUGAAUUAUUACAUGAGUAAUACUCAGCCGUUGGUUGUGGGUGAAGAUCCGUAUCUUGUGCAGACGGCUGUAUAGCACCUUGAGUAUAUUUUUUCUUCCUACUUUAUGGUUAUUUCUAUAAUUUUGUUUGUUUUGUUUGUACAGCGUGGUGGGUAUGUCGUUUAUUCGGAUUCGUUGA